GUCUGCGGUCGUCCGAGCACGUCCGAGUGCCAGAGAUUCGGCCGGGAGCAGCCGGGAGCGAGAGCGUCGCCGACUCGACCGACCCCGCCCCGGUCCUCGCGAAAUGACCAGGGCUCUCCCGCGGAGUGGGGAAGAUGUGACGUGAGGCAUCUCGCGUUCGGUUGCACGGGAAAGAGAACGAGAGCGAGAGAGGACUCGCGCUCCUUCGGAAUGUCGGUGCAAAGGACGAGGGCCCGCGGCGGGCCGAUCGCGAUCAACUUGUGGUGGAUCCUUCUCGUUGUCGGGAUCGAACACGUCGGCGGUCAACUGCUGGACACGGAGUUCCAACCGACGGUGACGGCAACGUGCAAAGCCGGCUACAUGACCAUCCGAGUGAACGUGAACCAGAGCUUCGUGGGCGCCGUCCACGCGAGGGACUUCCGCACUCCGCAGUGCAUGGCACCGGGCAACGGCUCCACCCAAGCCACCCUGGGCAUCAACUUGCUCGCCGUCAAGGGAGCGCCCGACUACUGCGGGGUCCUCGUCAACAACCACACCGAGGAGCGGUCCGUGCCCAUCGCCGUCCGGAUACACAAGACCUUGGAACUGGCGGACGACAAGUUCUACGUUAUCACCUGCGGCAAGGCGGGAUUCAAAAAUGCCAAAAACGAAACGUCUUUGGUAUCCUUGCGACUACUGGACGGCAGAGGACGACGGGUACAGGAAGCCAUCUACGGUCACAAUUAUACUCUGCGCGCAGAGAUCUCGCGGCCGGACGGAACCUACGGCAUCCGGGUCAAGUCGUGCUUUGCCUUCAAUAAGAGGAACACCAGCGUAUCAUUGAUAGACGACAAAGGGUGUCCCGUCAAAGGAGUCAUGACGAAAUUCGUCUACGACCGGAACACAGGCUACGCGGACUCGCUCCUGUACUCGAUGUUCCGAUUCUCGGACAGUCCACAAGUACACUUUCAGUGCGACAUUGCAGUUUGCAGAGGAAGCUGUGGAAGCCCGGCGUGCGACGGGGACGCGGCAUCCGGAGUAAAAGACGCCUCCUCCUCGGUCGGCCAGAGCGUCGCCGGAGAAGAAGGAGUCCUCCUGACUGGCACGAGCGUCUUCGUUCUGGAACCCGGCGAGACGCCCAACGUGCAGACGCUUUACGAGGACGGGAGCGUGCAUCCCGCUUGGCUGCUGUGGUUGGCCGUGGCCCUUGGCAUCCUCUUCGUCGUCAUGCUCAUCAUCAACAUUUUCCUAUGCUCCGCGAUGACGUGCAGUUGCGCCCGAACCGAGAUCAUCGAGAAGGAGCCCUCGAUCAUCGAGGACUACGAUCCCUAUCGAAGCAGCUGGCACGGAUCGCAAUACGGCUCGAGAUAUUCGCUCAAUGGAAAGCCAGGUUACGCUUCCGGAGGCUCAACGAUGAACUCUACGAGGUCGAUAUCGACGAAUAGCGACCAUUACGCGAUAGUGCACUCUCGGCCAGGAAGCCGGUACUCCGGUCCAGGACACAAGCACCACCACCAUCACAGAGGACCCCCCUCGAACAUCGGAUCUCACUACUCGGCCAAGUGAGCGAACCGUUGCCUUUGCUCCGUUCUACCCUGCGACCGACGGACGGACCGACGGACGGACCGACGGACGGACCGACGGACGGACCGACGGACGGACCGACGGACGGACCGACGGACGGACCGACGAUGCUCCCGGGUACAACGGAGGGCCCACGGAGAAAGAGAAGCUGACCCGAAGGUGGGCCGAUAGCCCUCUACGCUAACUAUGCCGAAUAAUUUUUUAAUAAGACUACGCUGCUUGCAGUUUUCUAGUGACAAACUUCCGUUCCAGCGAUGAGAUACGUGAACACGAAACGAGAACGUAGUCGUUCACGGCUGGGACUUUUCCUAAUGCGAUGCCAAGUUCUGGCUACGGUAUUUGGAUAAAUUAGCGAACGAUCGUCCUCGUCACGCUUUCCGUCCAGUAAUCUUUGCUCGAGGUGCUACAACGACUUCACUUUGAAAACUUGUAGCAACUUCCGGAGAACUCGUGAAUGACGCAUCUCCCUGUACAUAAAUUCGGUUAACGUUGACACGUACAACUUGGAAAAAAUUUGCUCGAGAGCAGUCUGGCGUCCUGGCUCUCUUUGUAGGCAAUAUUAACAUAAGGAAUUAACGCUCAAUAAGUAAUACUAAAUAUUUUAGUAACCACUGAACGAAGUAAGCGGUCAACAUUUAUGGUUCGUAAGCGUGUAAAAGAAAUGAACUCUCCAAGUUCCCCAGCGAUGCCAUGGACUGUUUCGAUACAAGAAAAGACUGUCCUUGGCCAAAAUCAAUGGCAAAUCAUUAUCAAAUGUUGCUACUAGACAUUUACACGAAAGACGAGCGUUUUUAUGAGAACACGUCGUAUGCAUGAAUGUUAAAAAAAAAAAAAAACAUACAUAUAUAUUUUUGACUAACUUUACAUUUUUGAAGCGUAUUGUCAAAUAAUAUGAUAUAAGUGAACGGAAUUAAACUAUCGACUUUGAAAUCAA